UUCCUGCAUGUGCGGACAACAUGGCAGCCCCCGUUGCUGUUCAUCUGGAGUUUGGAGGAGGAGCAGAGCUACUUUUUGAUGGUGUCAAGGAACAUCAUGUGACUCUACCGAGCCAGUCUGAACCAUGGGACAUGAAGCAGCUGCUGGUUUGGAUCCAACGGAACCUGCUGAAGGAACGGCCUGAGCUCUUUGUUCAGGGAGACACAGUGAGGCCUGGGAUCCUGGUGCUUAUCAAUGAUGCAGACUGGGAGCUAAUGGGGGAGCUGGACUAUCAACUCUUAGACCAAGACAACAUUGUAUUUAUUUCUACGCUUCACGGAGGAUAAAUAACUAAAAGGACAGACAUCACGAUGUGUAUACUACAUAUAUAACAGUUCCAGACCUCUACACCCUUCACUCCCCUUUCUGUUCUCACAUGCAAAGAACAACUCUCCCUAUUGGACGCUGAUGACGCGUCAACGCCAUCAUGAAGUGCACAGCUGAUACUGUGCAGCAGGAAUGAGGGGAAUUUCAGAGUUGGCUUCUGAAAACCUGGAAUUGUGUGGAAGUCUUUGAUCAAACAAGGCAGGUAAAAAGCCAGCCCAGAGUUUUCAAUAAAGACCAGAAUUGAAAAAGAUAUAUCACUAAACUCUUGGACACUGAAACUCCUAAGUAUGUGGAAACAUAAUCUAAUUAUUUUUUAACUCAUGAGAAGAAAAAAUUAAGAUAAUUACAGAUUUGGUUGAUAUGUUAGUUAACUGUUUUCCUCUUUACAGCUAUGCCUUACAGUAUGUUAUUCAUCAUGCAAGUACCCACAUUUUCUUAAUUUUCUUUUCUUACUUUCAUUGAAAUGUAUGUAUUUUUUUUCAUUUAAAU